AUGACCCGAAAAGGCCAUAGCCUCUUUAGCUUCGGGCGCUGCUGUGGAGAAGCGAAAGAAGUAGAUGCUUUGUUCAUGGUGCAGCCAUCUCCAUUGGGUGUUCGAAACGCAGUCCCAGCCGGUGAGCGAGGAUGGAUCUACUUCGAGCGCUUGGUCUCCACGAUCCGGGUGGCGCUUACUGAUGAACAGUAUGCCGCGCGAACGGUUUAUGCCAAUGUACCAGAGCUGAAGGAGGCGAUUUUGGUGCGGGCCAAGAAGCUCCGCGAGAGUGCUACAAAGGGCAACGAGGAACUGACAGAGAGCAAUUCCAGAAGUACACAGCCGAGAUCUACGAAAAGACUUUCUCAGCAACAUCACUGGACAAAAAGAAGGCUUCCGCCAUUAGCAAGGUAA